GUGACCCGGUGGCCCGGAUGACUCGUCCCUCCGGGGGUCCCGGGUCUGGGCGUCCCGAGCGGGUGGGGAGCGCGGGCGGGCGCCGGGGUCCCGGCCGGGCUGCGGGUGCUGCCUCGAGGCCGCCCGCGGGCCUCCAGCCGGGAGACCUCGGCCUGAGGGUCCGCCAGGUGCCCGGACCCAGGGGCUCCCCGGAAGACGGGGUGACGAUGCAUCAGGAGCCGGGGAAGGCCCCGAGGACGGUGGAAGGCUUGGGUUCCAGACCUUUGAACUUCGGGCCGAAAACAUUUAAAAAAUUGUUGGGGACAGGUAAAAGGUUGCCAACUUUUUAUCCCGGGUGGAGACUUCUGGAUGAUUUUGAGAACAGUAGAUGAGUUCCACAGAAGACCAUUUUUGAAGAAAUUCAGUAAUUAUACUGUUCUAGGUUCAAAAUGGAGGUUCCCCCGGGAACCAAGUUUGGUGAGACCUUUGUGUUUGAGGACAGGUUAGAGACACAGCAUGAACUUUUCCCAGGGGAGGACCUGGGGAACCCUUUUCUUCAGCCAAGAGGUUUAGAACAUAUGGCUGUUAUCUAUAAGGAGAUCCCUCUGGGGGAGCAAGAUGAGGAACAUGAUGAUUAUGAAGGGAAUUUCAGUCUGUGUUCAAGCCCCAUUCACCAUCAGAGUGUUCCCCUGGGAAACACACCCCAGGAUGAUGACCUGUUUGGCCAAACCUUUCUCCAGAAAUCAGACCUUAGUAUGUGUCAGAUAAUCCAGGGGGGAGAAGAAUCUAGUAAAGGUGAUUGUGAGAAAGCAGGCAGGGGGAUGACAGUGCUUAACAAACCUCAUAGAACUCUACAACCAGCAAAACCUUAUGCGUGUCGGGAAUGCGGGAAGGCCUUCAGCCAGAGCUCACACCUUCUCAGACACCUGAUGAUUCACACUGGGGAGAAGCCCUAUGAGUGCUGUGAGUGUGGGAAAGCCUUCAGCCAGAGCUCGCACCUUCUCAGGCAUCAGAUCAUCCACACCGGGGAGAAGCCUUACGAGUGCCGGGAAUGUGGGAAAGCCUUUCGCCAGAGCUCAGCCCUCACGCAACACCAGAAGACCCACACUGGGAAGAGAUCCUAUGAGUGCAGGGAGUGUGGGAAGGAUUUCAGUCGGAGCUCCAGUCUCAGAAAGCAUGAGAGAAUUCACACCGGAGAGAAGCCUUAUCAGUGUAAGGAAUGUGGGAAAUCCUUCAACCAAAGUUCGGGCCUCAGCCAGCACCGGAAAAUCCACACGCUCAAGAAGCCCCAUGAAUGCGAUCUCUGCGGGAAAGCCUUUUGUCACAGGUCACAUCUCAUUCGGCACCAGAGGAUUCAUACGGGAAAGAAACCUUACAAAUGCGAGGAGUGUGGGAAAGCCUUCAGCCAGAGUUCAAACCUUAUCGAACAUCGUAAGACCCACACCGGUGAGAAACCUUACAGAUGCCACAAGUGUGGGAAAGCCUUCAGCCAGAGCUCCUCCCUCAUCGAGCACCAGCGGAUCCACACUGGCGAGAAGCCCUACGAGUGUGGCCAGUGUGGAAAGGCCUUCUGCCACAGCUCGGCCCUGAUUCAGCAUCAGAGGAUCCACACGGGGAAGAAACCUUAUGCAUGCAAUGAGUGUGGGAAAGCCUUCCGCCACCGGUCAGCCCUCAUUGAGCACUACAAAACCCACACCCGAGAGAAACCCUAUGAGUGUAGUAAAUGUGGCAAGUCCUUCAGGGGGAGCUCACACCUUACUCGGCAUCAGAAAAUCCAUGCUGGGGAGAAGCUGUAGAAGAAAGAGCUGUUAAAAAGAUCUGUGAGCAUCUGCCAGAUGGAGCCCAUCUUUAUAUCGCUUUGUUGACGGGAUCCCACCAACCUCCCAGAUUAUAGUGCUGAGUGGAAACCCUCCAAUCUAAGUGUCCCUGAGCAUCCACACUAGUAGGCGUGCCCUCUCGUGGCUCCUGGUCAAGAGCAGCACGCGCAGCAGGUUUACUGAGAGGAAGGGAGGGUGGGUUGAUGGGGAACGCAGCUGAAAUGGUGGCAUGCCAGAAAAGAAAGCUACUGUUCAAUCCUUCUCACAUUCAACUCCCAAGCCCAUGAGAGAGAGUUUUGCCUUCUAUUCACUUAUUCUGGAAUCCAGAAGAAGAAUAAAAUCAGAGAGAGAAACUUCAGUUAAACCAUGAAAAUGUCAGGUUAACCUUUUAACAUUAGUUUGCAGCCUGGUACUUUUGGAAGACAGAAUCUGUGCCCACAGCCUAAACGAGUGGAAGAAAAACAGAUUGAAAAGUACAUACGUUAGCAACCAAAAUAGAAUUUGCAGCAUGGGUUGACCAUUGUUGGGGACAACUGAGAGCAAAGGAAGGAUUGGUGAUGAGAUUGGGGGAAAGGGGUGGGCCUCUGGAUGUGGUCUUUCAACCCUCUCGUUCUGGGUUAGAAUGAGGUGGUUUCUGUCGGGGCUCUUACAGGAGAUAGAGCCUUGGUCCUGUAGAUCAAGGACCGUUUGAUGCCUGGCUCUGACUCAGCCUGGGCACUAGGCAUGUUUGCCCUUUAGGAGUAACCCCUCCAAAAGACCCAGUGUCCCUGAGCCCACAGUUUGCCUAGGGCAUUGGCAGGGCUCAUUUCUGGUGGCCCGGCAGCCUCUUCUCUGUCCCCCAGGGUUGGGGACCAUGGGAAGCAGGGCAUUACAGCAAAGAUGGCCAUGGUUCUGGAGUCAGAACAUCCUGGUUCAAACCCCAGUUCUGUCCCCUCCUACCGGUGUGACCUUGAGCAAGUCUUAUAACCUUCCUUGGCUCUGUUUCCACAUCUGUGAGAUGAGGAUAAUGGGUCCUGGGCAUAUACUUCCGAGGGUUGGCUAUGGCUCCCACUGGGAAAGAGGCUACGUGUGAAAGUUCUUUGGAAACGAGUCACAGAUGGCGACUGAACGUGGAGACCCAGAGUGACCCCCCCACCCCACCCAGAGACGCUUUCCUUGAAGACCGGAGAGGCAGCCCCAUCUUGUUCCUGAAACAGCAGGGAUUUGCUUGCAGCAGGCCCUUUCCCUAAAUUGGGGCUUUCUCUCACUCCCUCAGGCUUGCCCCCUGGGGUGAGCAAAGGGCUAUGGUCCGCCAUUGUCCUGUGAUUCUGCAGCCCUCAUCUUGACUUUUCCUCCACAACGCACCAACUAGGGUUCACCUGGGGAUUUUUUUUUUUUUUAAAUACAUUGUCCGCACCCACCACCCCCAGACCAAUUCACCCCACAGCCCUGGAGUAGGGGCCCAAAGAAUAGGUAUAUUCUCAAAGUUCCUCAGGUGGUGAGAAUGUUCUACCAUAUAGCCAAGCUGUGAACCCUGAGCUGGACUUCCCUGCAGUCCCCAGCAUCUUUCAGAUAGCAGGCUGCUUGCUCUGGUCGAGCAGGGCUUGAAGGCCUUUCUGCCUCAGUGCCCCCUCCUCCUGCCCCCCAGGAAAAGGCUCAGACAGUGAUGGUCUGUGUGGCCCGAUGGGAAAGUGUUUGUCCCGGGCCCUCCAGCCAUAGUGCAGCCACUGGUGCCGGUUCCCCUCUGGGAUCCCCAGAAUUAGUGUGAGGACAGGACGAUCUAUAAGCUGUUCUGAAGUUUGCAAAAAGUGUAUAGCUGGAAUCACAUGGUCUCAUCAUGGUAAUGAUGGUUAUUUCAGUGGAUCAGCAGCUCAACCUGGCAGUGAUGUAGUGUUUUGACAAAUAAACAUGGGAAAACCAUAAUCGUUACUUAUUUAAGUGGGCUUUGGUAGGCAGAUUUUUCAAACCAUUGGGUCCAAUGGGCUGGGAGAAACCAGUAGGAGUCCCAGGGGUGAGAGGCCAGUGCCACCCUUCUGUCCAGCUUCUCUCUUUCCUGCAUAUUUGAAACAUUUAGCCAGCCGUUUAAAGUCACUGGAAGCUGGGACAUGGUCAGCUGACUUCAGAGUCCCAGGGCCCGACCAGGUGGCCUUCCCGUGGUGACUACAGGCAGCCUGCCCCGAAGGCCUUCAGUCCUUCUGUCAUCAAGAGUGAGGUGGUCAGGAACGAUAGACAGGGUCCCAAGAGGGGCUAUCCUACUGUGGUCCUGUCCCACCCCACCCCUUCCUCGGCAACCUUGGCCGGGUCUGGCAAUCCUGGGCAAUCAUCCUGUAUCCUGCCUUUGAGCUCUCCCAAUCCUUCCUGCACAUCACAGCCAAACUGAUUUUUUUAAAGCAUCCCUUUGCACAAGUCAUUGCUCUCCUUAAAACCAACAUCCGGGGACUUUUCUGCACCUAGAACCUUGCUUCAACAAAUCUAGUUGGCCAACCCCACAUCAAACGUGUCAUGUUGAGUUCAUGCCACCAGCACCCAAGUUGUCAUACGCCGUGCUGUGCUCUCACGUGUGGGCAAUAUGCACUUUUUUCUUCUCUUUCUUCUUAACCCCUCCCACCCCUCCUCCUUCCUUCUUUUUGACAAUUUAUAUAUCAUGGGGAUCAAGAGCCUUGUUUUGAAGGGUUGACAGAUUCUUACAUAAAACACAUAAGACUGGGCACUUUUCUUUUUGGAAAUGUGAGCAGAGCCUAGUUCCUUUUAUUCAGAUUCUUUUGCUGUUUAACUAAUUUAUUUUUAUGAUCUUUCAUUUCACUUAGGUUCUUAGACAAUGUAAAGUUAUGAGAUAGCCCUAAUAACA